AUGCCAAAUAGUGGCUUUAUCGACUAUGCCCAUUUGCGCCUACGCGAAGCCCAUCCUGGUCCCUGUCAAUAUGACUUGAAAUCAGUUAUUGGGCCUAAUUCAGAUAGUCUUAAAAAGAGCAUUUUCAACCGUCCCAAAGAUAACGGCACGUCUUUAGCAAACUCAGCGGCAGUGGGUCCUGGCUCGUAUAUCAUUGCCUCCAGCAUUGGCACUGGGAGCGCGGCGGACUUCGGUCCGCACUCAUCUAAUACUGAUCCUAAAACAUUUUCCCAGAUAAAGAGUGUAACUUUCGGCUCUAACAGCGCCUCUGCGAAGUCAGCGCAAAGAUCGCGUAAUGCGUCCCCAAACCUUUUGAAACCUUCGUCUGAAAUCAAAAAGGAGAUUUUAGAGGCGCGCCAACCGCUUUACGGAAGCCCUGCAUUCACUAUGAGGGGGCGCCUGAAAGGAUAUUUCGAUGUCAAUCCCAAUAAUGUAUGCUCAGGUACCUACACCCUGCCCAGCUGUUUUGAUAGCCCAACGCGAAAAAAUCGAUUAAAGGGAACCUUUAGUGGUCGCUACGAAACAGCCGAAGAACGAGAAAAAAAACUUAUUCCAGGUCCUGGUGCGUACAAUGUAACUCCCGUAACUAGUGGGAGGGCGAUAAGCAUACUUGGCCGUACCGACCGUUGUGCUACAAGUGGUGGCAGAAAGGAAGGUUCUGCUCGUAUAAGCGGGUCCGGGCAUAGUGCGUAUGGAGACCCUACUACCAUCUCUCACCGCCUGCAUAAACAAGUUUCCCCUUACCAGCAGUUCUCAGGCGUGAGCACGUUUGGCAACCGCCCGGAUUCUUCACGAGACGACUACCGCAGCAGCAUGCUCCCGGGGCCGGGGGCGUACAAUAUAACCCAAGCUGCCGACUUUCUUGAUCCACUCAAAAAUCACUCAUCAGUAGUCAUGCGAUCACCCACAGUUUUAAAUACAUCAGCACGCCAGAAAGAUCGACUAAAGGGCGGGGGCAAGGGUGGUAGUAAUAGCUGGCGCGCAGCAGAGAACGAAUAUUAUUGUAUCACACUUCCCUCAGACUUUUCGCAGGACUCUCGAAAAGGCGUGAAAAUAUUGGGUCGGAACUGGCCAGACCAAUGCAAUUCUAUUAAUAAUAUGCAAGAUGAUCGAAAUAUCAAAUCCUCAAAUAGUACACGUCCUUGUACACAAAGGAUUGGCUCAUUCCAUCUAUCUGAACAAUACGCACGGACGCUACCGUCUGGCGGACGCUUUGCAUCGCGUCCCUAUGGUGCAGAAUCCUCAGACGAUAUCCAGAAACGUUCUGCAUCGCGAGAUGGAAAGGACAAGAAUCCUUUAGGUCAAGACAUCAAAGACUCAGCGCCAGGGCCCGCGAACUAUGAUCUCAAAUAUAACGCCGUCCAACCACGAUCGCCGUGCGCGAUACUGAGUGGUAGUCCCCAUGCGUGUGUGGAGAUGGCGAACGCGGAGCUGGCCGCGGCCCAGCAGUACGACACGUAUGGGGUGAGCCUCUCGGGGAAACGAAUGAACACCUCGCCAGGCCCCGGCCACUACCACCCGGACAACAAACUCAUCUACCCCAAGAUUUGCUCAACGAUCUUCUACAAAGGGGAUUUCCACACACGAAAUGGGAUGCCGCUGGGGACUAUGGCGGAGGCCGCGACCUAUCCUGGUUCAGGGAUGCACUAUAAUGACACAACGUUGUACAGCCGAAGUAUCGCAAGUGACGUGGCUCACGGGCUUCAUGCGAAAACCUUUGGGACACGAUUCCCUGCACGAGCUUUAUAUCAAGUAUGCAAGCCUCAGGAUAAAGCUACUAAUACUAAUUGUAUAUACUCAGAUGAGUACGCAUUUUAUUUCGGUUUAAUUAAAACUAAUGACAAACCUGUACAGUAA